AUGGCUGCCGAUCAAGAUGCCGUUGGAGGAGCACUGAAAUAUGAGACAUGGGUUUUGAAAGUCCUCAUCCAUUGUGAAGGCUGCAAGAAGAAAGUCAAGAAAGUUCUUCAAGCCAUUGAUGGUGUUUAUGAGACGAAGAUAGAUUCUCAACAGCACAAGGUGACGGUCAUUAGCAGCGUGGAUGCAGAAACGCUCAUCAAGAAGCUGACCAAGUCUGGAAAACACGUCCAGCUUUGGCCGGAAUUAAAGCCUGUAAAGAAAGACAAAAUUCCCGGAAAGACAAACAACAAUAACAAACAGAAAGAUGGCGGAGGAGAAGCCGGUGGUGGUGGUGAUGAUGAUAAUCAUGACUCAAACAAUAAUAAUUCAGCAGAGAAACCGAAACCAGCCAGCGCCGCCACUAAAGGCACUGCCAGAGAUAACCAGCAUGACCAAAUGGGAGGCAGAAGCGAGGAACUCGACCCUACACAAAGUGCUAGUGGUGCUACCAAUGGAGGUAAUAAAAAGAAGAAAAAGAAAGGCCAAAAAACCAACCAUGGUCCCAACGGCGACACUCAAUCGGCCGUGGCACCUCCGGACCAUGCACCAAUCAAUCCGAGCCCUCGGAUUCAGCCAAUGUACCCUUACACGCCUCUGCUCUAUGGCUCUCCAUUUUCUGGGGUAAGUUACAACACCACUUACCCUAGCUCAAGCUCUUUAUAUUUCACCCCUAGAAUGCAUUACGUGCCACCAGCUCCAGCGUCCGAUCCAAGCGAUAAAUUCAGUGAGAAUUAUUACUACCAUGAUGAUGAUGAAAGUGGCUGCUCAAUCAUGUGA